AUGGGUCCUCCUCUGAAGCUCUUCAAAAACCAGAAGUACCAGGAACUGAAGCAGGAAUGUAUCAAAGAUGGAAGACUCUUCUGUGACCCAACCUUUCUGCCUGAGAACGAUUCACUUUUCUACAACCGACUGCUUCCUGGGAAAGUGGUGUGGAAACGUCCCCAGGACAUCUGUGAUGACCCCCGUCUGAUUGUGGGCAACAUCAGCAACCACCAGCUAAUCCAAGGGAGACUGGGGCACAAGCCGAUGGUCUCUGCGUUUUCCUGUUUGGCUGUUCAGGAGUCUCACUGGACAAAGACAAUUCCCAACCAUAAGGAGCAGGAAUGGGACCCUCGGAAACUAGAUAAAUAUGCUGGAAUAUUUCGCUUUCGUUUCUGGCAUUUCGGAGAGUGGACUGAGGUGGUGAUUGAUGACCUGUUGCCCACCAUCAAUGGGGAUCUGGUUUUCUCCUUCUCCACUUCCAUGAAUGAGUUUUGGAAUGCUCUACUGGAAAAGGCUUAUGCAAAGCUCCUUGGUUGUUAUGAAGCCCUCGAUGGUCUGACCACCACUGAUAUCAUUGUGGACUUUACUGGCACGUUGGCCGAAACUGUUGACAUGCAGAAGGGAAGAUACACUGAGCUUGUUGAGGAGAAGUAUAAGCUGUUUGGGGAACUUUACAAAACAUUUACCAAAGGAGGACUGAUCUGUUGCUCCAUUGAGUCUCCCAAUCAGGAGGAACAAGAAGUUGAAACUGACUGGGGCCUACUGAAGGGCCAUACCUACACCAUGACUGACAUUCGUAAGAUCCGUCUUGGGGAGAGACUGGUGGAAGUCUUCAGUACUGAGAAACUGUAUAUGGUUCGCCUGAGGAACCCCUUGGGACGACAGGAAUGGAGCGGCCCCUGGAGUGAAAUCUCUGAAGAGUGGCAGCAACUGACUGUGGCCGAUCGCAAGAACCUGGGGCUUGUUAUGUCUGAUGAUGGAGAGUUUUGGAUGAGCCUGGAGGACUUUUGCCGCAACUUUCAUGAGCUGAAUGUCUGCCGCAAUGUGAACAACCCUAUUUUUGGCCGCAAGGCGCUGGAAUCGGUGGUGGGAUGCUGGACUGUGGAUGAUGAUCCCCUGAUGAACCGGUCAGGAGGCUGCUAUAACAACCGUGAUACCUUCCUGCAGAAUCCCCAGUACAUCUUCACUGUGCCCGAGGAUGGGCACAAGGUCAUCAUGUCACUGCAGCAGAAGGACCUGCGUACUUACCGCCGCAUGGGAAGACCUGACAACUACAUCAUUGGCUUUGAGCUCUUCAAGGUGGAAAUGAACCGCAAAUUCCGCCUCCACCAUCUGUACAUCCAGGAGCGUGCUGGGACUUCCACCUAUAUCGACACUCGCACUGUGUUUCUGAGCAAGUACCUGAAGAAAGGCAACUAUGUGCUUGUCCCCACCAUGUUCCAACAUGGCCGCACCAGCGAGUUUCUCCUGAGAAUCUUCUCUGAAGUGCCCGUCCAGCUCAGGGAACUGACUCUGGACAUGCCCAAGAUGUCCUGCUGGAACCUGGCUCGUGGCUACCCGAAGGUGGUUACCCAGAUCACUGUUCACAGCGCUGAGGGCCUGGAGAAGAAGUAUGCCAAUGAAACUGUAAAUCCAUAUUUGAUCAUCAAGUGUGGAAAGGAGGAAGUCCGUUCUCCCGUCCAAAAGAAUACUGUUCAUGCCAUUUUUGACACCCAGGCCAUUUUCUACAGAAGGACCACUGACAUUCCUAUUAUAGUGCAGGUGUGGAACAGCCGAAAAUUCUGUGAUCAGUUCCUGGGGCAGGUUACUCUAGAUGCUGACCCCAGUGACUGCCGUGAUCUGAAGUCUCUGUACCUGCGCAAGAAAGGUGGCCCGACUGCUAAAGUCAAGCAGGGUCACAUCAGCUUCAAGGUUAUUUCCAGCGAUGAUCUCACUGAGCUCUAA